AUGGGCAUAUUUUGUGAGAUAAGUUUAUUUAAACCAUCUGAUGGAGUUUAUAAACCAGGUCAGACAGUAUCAGGUGUAAUUAAAUAUAAUGUAGACGAACCUAUGGAAGUUGAUAAGGUUAUCAUGACACUGAAAGGUAUUGGUCGCAUAGUUUUAACAAGUAACCCAGGCAAACAUGAAUCAAAUUUUGUUUCUGAAGAAAGCUAUGUUGACAUAGAUACUAUAAUUAUAGAUGAACAUAAAGAAAUUGCUGUUGGUUUAUAUCAAAUUAAAUUUAACUAUAAUUUGCCUCAAAUUUUGCCUUCAAGUUUAAAAUUCUUUAAAUAUUUUCCAGGAUAUAAAGUUAAAUGCUCUAUCAAGUACUAUAUACGAAUAAAAUUCGAAAAACCGGGCUUGUUUGUUUUUAAUAAUCAUUUUAGAAAGACAAUCCAAGUGAAGUCUGAAGUGGCUCCAAGAUUGUCAAGGGAACCUGUUAUUUAUGGAGAAACCAAGAAUCUCACCCAUUUAUUUUCAUUUAGUGACAGCAUUGUUAACAUAAAAGCAACUAUUCUCAACUCUGCAGUACCAGUUGGUGGCAAGUUUGAAGUGCAUUAUGAGGUGCAAAACAAUAGCCAAGUGGUAAUAAAGAGCAUUAUAGUCAAAUUAGUUGAAGCUUAUACAUUCAAGGCAAAAGGGUACCAUAAAGUCAAAUAUGAAGAAGAUAUACCGGGCACAGAGACCAGAACAUCAUCCAUUGAGUGUGAAGACACUCUAAAUAAUUCUAUAGUUGUCACAGCACCUUCACACAUAUUUUCAUUAUCGAAUGCUAAGAUUGUGGCCAGAGAUUUUAUGAUUAAAAUAAUAGCUCAAUUGCCUUUACCACAUAGAAAUGCUGUGGUCAGUAUACCUGUGCAGGUUGGAAUAUUUGAAGAAAAUGUUGAUUUAAAAAGCUGUCAGCAGAUGAGUGAAUGUGUAACUUACGAUGAUCCACCACCAUCAUAUUGGGAAGCUAUGGGUCAUACGAAAAAGGAAGACCACAGCAGUGACGAUGAAGCUGAUGAAGAAAAACGAAGGUUUCUUUAG